UGUAUCCGAAGUUCAAAGUCCCGUUAUUUCACGCAGGGAACAUGGGUGACAAAAAGAUACUGUGCAUCGGGCUGGUAUGUCUGGAUAUUAUCAAUGUGGUGGACAAAUACCCGGAAGAGGACACUGACACCAGGUGUUUGUCUCAACGAUGGCAGCGUGGUGGGAACGCGUCCAACUCGUGCACUGUGCUGUCACUCCUUGGCGCUCCCUGUGCGUUCAUGGGGUCCCUAGCUCCUGGGCAUGUUGCAGACUUCGUACUAGAUGACUUUCAGAAGUACCAGAUUGACAUCUCUCUCCUAUCAGAACACCCUCACAGCUCCUUCCCUACCUCUAUGAUCAUAAGCAAUGUGACCACGGGCACUCGCACCAUCCUACACAUGAACAGCUUCAUCGUGGGCGAUUUCUCUCGCCGCGGGGUGGACAUUUCGUCCGUUGCCUGGCAGCAGGAGGGGGAGACCCCAUGUGCGUGUUGCGUGGUGUGUCCCCCCAGCGGCUCACGCACGGUCGUGCUCUCCGACACAAACCUGCCUGAUGUGUCAGCAGCAGACUUCUCUGAGGUAGAUCUCAGUCAGUACAAAUGGAUCCACUGGGAGGGCCGUAAUGCUGAGGAGCAGGUGAAGAUGAUCCAGCAGGUGGAGCUGUCUAACAGCACGUUGCCACAGCAACACAGGAUCACCGUAUCCGUGGAGAUAGAGAAGACCAGGGAGCCUCUGUACCAGCUCUUCCACUAUGGUGAUGUGGUGUUUGUCAGUAAGGAUGUGGCCAUGCACUUUGGCUUCCACUCUGCUGCCAGUGCUCUGAAGGGCCUCUACCACAGAGUGAAGAAAGGGGCUGUCCUCAUAUGUGCCUGGGCAGAGAAAGGGGCCGAUGCGAUGGGUCCUGAUGGCAUAGUGGUCCACUCAGAUGCCUUUCCACCGGAGGCCGUUGUGGACACGCUCGGAGCAGGCGAUACUUUCAAUGCUUCAGUGAUCUACACCCUGUCAAAUGGAGGAGGAGUACAGGAAGCUCUCACGUUCGGUUGCCAGGUGGCAGGCAGGAAGUGUGGUGUCCACGGAUAUGACGAAAUAGUGACAAAGAAAGAGUGAAGAAUAACGUGCACUGUAGAUGGAGGGUUUUUGACAUAACAGUAUACUUUAUUUAAAAUUCUACAAACACAAACUUGGCAGUAGGUAUAGGAACGUUUUGUCACGUCACAAAACUCAACACUCAGCAAAACAGCAUUAGAGGUACUAUUAGUUUUUACAGACACAGUUCAAGCCAAACCCCUGUGUUUUGGAGGUUAAAGUAAUUAUUUAGAAGUUUUAUUCUCAUCUUUCCCUAUUGUUGUUUCCUCCCAACCAUUGUUAGCUGUUUAUUAAGCAAUGUCCAGAUUCUCCUGGCUAGCAUUUUUUUAAAUUCUAGCAAUGCUAGCGGAAGUGGGUUGGAUCAGUUAGCCACACAUUCAAAGGCACAGGGCAUAAAACCUAACUUAUGGUGAUUUUUAACAAAAUGUUCUUGCAAUAAAACAGAAUAAAUAUAACAUUUGUCGUUAUCUGGCAA